AUGUUCGUACGAGUAAUUCUGAUCGCGACAAUAUUCAGCUUCGUUUCUGUACGGAGUAUCGAGUCUCAAAAAGUACAAUUGAUAUCCCUGCUCUGUAAACCGCACCCUGACAUGGACAUGAACGCGGCACCAACCACAACCGUAGAACAAAAACUACCGCAAGAGUACAACACGAACGUAGAACGACCCCCGACAGCCAACAACACAAAUUCCUCAUCCCCGCAAUCGACCGAAAGUAUUUCAACUACCAAUCACGAAUCCGUGCAUCCGGGAAUGAAGCACCCGAAGAAAAGAGCAACGAAUUACAAGGAAGAUCGUCAAGUUGAUUUGCAACCGAGCUGUUGUGGAUAA